UAGAAGGGGCGGGUGGGCGGCGCGCGCGGCCCGGCGGGGCGGGGAAUGGCGGCGGCCGAGUUCGAGCGGCGCGUGCUGCGGCGCGCGGCCGAGCAUCACUAUCUGCGCGUGCGCCUGGAGCUGGCCGACGGCGGGGCCCGGCCCAACGCCGCGCAGUUCAAGCAACUCGUGGUGACAGCGCUGAGGGAGCUGCACGGAGAGGUUGGAGCAGCUUUGCCUGUUGAUGUCUUAACAUAUGAAGAAAAAACUCUGUCUGCCAUAUUAAGAGUAAUUAGUAGUGGCCUUGUCAAGCUGUGGAGUGCUCUAACCUUACUGGGCUUCUACCAGAACAGGAGGUGUGCCUUCCGGGUGCUGCAGACAUCUCCAUUUCUACUUGCGUUAUCUGGCAACAGUAGAGAAUUAGUCUUGGACUGAAUGCAGUUGUUGGUUCGGCUGCAUGCUGGAGAAGUUCCUGGAAAUGUUGCAGCCCUUCAGGCGUGGAAUUUCUGGAGGGAUUUUCCAACAAAAAGCCUUGACAAAGCCAACGUUUAUCAACUCGCUGCUUGGACAUCCCGUAUUUCAGAAUUUGCACAUAAAAGUUGGAGACAAAGCUGAACUUAGCAAGGCUUUUACACAGAAUGAUGUAGUUACUUUUUCUUGUUUAACAGGUGACACAAAUCCUUUGCAUUUAAAUGAAGAGUUUGCAAAGAAGUCUAGGUUUGGGAGAACUGUUGUCCAUGGAGUUCUCAUCAAUGGACUUAUUUCUGCAGUUCUGGGUACAAAAAUGCCUGGUCAAGGAUGUAUAUUUCUUUCCCAGGAGAUUCGUUUUCCAGCUCCUUUGUAUGUUGGUGAAGAAGUCACAGCUGCAGCAGAAGUGAAACGACUGAAGGGUUCUGUUGCACACAUUUCUGUGUCAUGUCAGGUCAGAGAAAGUGGAAAAACUGUAAUGGAAGGGAUGGUGAAAGUCAUGGUGCCAGAGAGUUAAGGCUGUUCAUCAUGUGCAACUUCAGUAUAAAGGCCAGAACCAAUGUACACUUGGUUUUGACUCUCUUUUUAUGUGACAUCACUUAAACUAGUAAAUUCGCAACAAAAACCUUUCAAAA